UACCAGCAACUAGACUAAUACCGUAGCUGCCAGAGAUAAGGACAAAGGACGCAUCUCCGUAUGGCGAGGAACAUUCCUCGGUAGGGUAUGGCUGGGUGCCGACCGAGUCCCCCCCCAUCCGCAUCACAGUCCCGAGGACGGAGUGGUUAUCGCGUCGACACGAGACGUGGGAGGCAGAGAUGCAGGUUAUAAGAAGAGGCAGCCUGGCAUACUCCAGCACGGCCCCGUGUGCACCAAGUCCAAGUCCAGUAGACUAGUAUCUUCAACCUCAAAGACCACGCAAACAUGGUCAGCUGGAAGUCCUUCAUCUCCACCGCGCCGUCGCUCGACGUGCCCGGUCUGGAGACGGUCGACCUCGCCGACAGGGAGAUGGAGCGGCGCAUCGUCCGCAAGCAAGACCUGCGCAUCCUGCCCUGGAUCUGCAUCACCUACCUGCUGAACUACCUCGACAGAGUCAACCUGGGCAACGCCCGGACUCUCAACAAUGACACGCCCGAGGACAACAUCAUCACGCAGCUGAACCUCACGGGCCAGCGCUACAAUGUCGCCGUCGCCCUCUUCUUCGUCCCCUACGUCCUCAUGGAGUUCCCCUCCAACAUCCUCCUCAAGUACUUCUCCCCCAGCCGCUGGAUCUCCCGCAUCAUGGUCUCCUGGGGCAUCAUCACCAUCUGCACCGCCGCCGUGUCCACCUACGGCGGCCUGCUCACCGUCCGCCUCCUCCUCGGCCUCGCCGAGGCCGGCUUCUUCCCCGGUAUCAUGAUGUACCUCUGCUUCUGGUACAAGCCCGAGGAGCGGGCCACCCGCAUGGCCAUCUUCGCCUCCUCCAUCGCCGUCGCCGGCGCCUUUGGCGGCCUGCUCGCCACCGCCAUCUCCUUCCUCAACGGCAAGGCCGGCCUGUCCGGCUGGCGCUGGCUCUUCAUCCUCGAGGGCAUCCCCGCCGUCCUCGUCGGCGUCAUGGUCUGGUUCUGGCUGCCCGACUACCCCCAGACCGCCGCCUGGCUCACGCCCCACGAGCGCGCCUUUGCCGUCAAGCGUCUCGGCCCCUACGCGCCCUCCAUGAGCGACAAGCACUGGGACGCGGCCAUUGCCAAAAAGACCCUGGCCGACCCCUUCUUCUGGGUCUUUGCCGCCCAGUACUUCCUCAUGGCCAACUCCCUCAACGCCUUUGGCUACUUUGCCCCGACCAUCGUCGCCUCCCUCGGCUUCGAGGGCCACGACGCCCAGCUGCUCACCGUGCCCCCCAACGUCUUUGCCAUGAUUGUCAUCAUCGGCAACUGCCUGCACAGCGACAGGACCAAGGAACGCUCCCGCCACGUCAUCGGGGCCUGUGCCUUUGUCGCCACGGGCUACCUCCUCCUCGCCGUCGUGCGGCACUGGGGCGUCCGCUACGCCGCGCUCUGCAUGAUUGCGUGCACCAACGCGGCUGUCCUGCCUUUUGUGGCCCACAGGACGGCCACCGUGCAGGGAUCGACCGCGACCGCGCUGGCGACGGGCGGCAUGAUUGCCAUCUCCAACACGGGCGGCAUCACCGCGCCCUUCCUCUUCCCCAGCUACCAGUCCCCCAUGUACAGCAUGGGCAACUGGACCAUCUUCGCCUUCCUGACCGUCACCGCGCUGACGACCAUCUACACGUGGUACGUCUUCGGCAGCCACUCGGGGUACAGGACGGGCGGCAGGGACGACAAGGGCAACCUGGAGGUCCUCGACGCCACGGCCGGCACCGAUCCCAACGAGGUUAUGAACAGGGCCAUGGGCAUCUCGAAGAAGAUGGAGGGCGAGGAAGUCUAGUCGAUGGGGGCUGCAGAAUCAAUGGAAGAGAUGUGUUGUUUAGCUUGACAUGUGUUGUGAUGAUGUUGUGACAAAGUCGCGACCGCUGGUCUGUCUUGGCAGGCAAUAUCCUUGUCAAGGGUAGUGCCAAAGUCGAGCAAUGCUUGUAUGAACGGUAUGAAGCCUCAGGAA